GAAAAGCUUGUUAUACAUCAGGAAUAGCCAUAGGGCUCUUACAAGUACUGUUCACUACACCAGCGCUUCUCGCGCUCUUCGGACGCGUAAUCCCAAAGAGGCAUCAUACAGACUCCAGCAAUAUACGAGUAAUUAGCAUUUAGAUGGGCUGUGGAACUAGUAAAAAUGCCCUGGGUUCCCCGGCAGAAGCAGUGCUGGGCACGAAGGCGCCCGCAUCGCAGCCUUCGACGGCCGCUGCCUCGGCCGCAAAAGUUGCAGAAAAGCUCAAGGAGCCAGCCGAAGACACCAAUGCAGAGCCACUCGUAAUCGUGCAAACCCCUGCGAUAAACGGGGCAUGCGAAGAAACCGGACAGCCCGCCUCUGUGUCCGCAAAGCCUGGCGAGCAGCCAGAGAGCCAGCAUCCAGCUAACCAGCAACAUUCGAGUGAUUCGGGGCACGUCGGCGAUGCGGUGGCAUCGUCGACGGCCCCAACGACGACAGCCCGUGUAACAGAGUCGGGCCCUUCCCCCGUCGAGUCAGCCCCUGCAGGCGAGACGCCGGCGCGGGCGCAGUCGCGGGAAGCUGCGGCCGAGGCUUCUUCCUACGCAGACCGCAGCAGUCCAGCGGAGCGGCCUAGCGUCUCUCGCCCGGGCGCCUUGCCCCCCAUCCUAACACGGCGGCCUAGCCAACCCAACGGCGAUGAAGCGGGGGCGCCGGCCGAGGCGCCCGCGGAUGCUUCAAAGCUGCGCUCACGUUUCAAAUCGGUAGCAGCGGAGGAGGACGCUCCACCUUCGCCUCAGAUGUUCGCCUCCAGCCGCAGCCUGAACCGCUCCAUCGGCGUGCGGCGGCGCACCAGCGACGCGGAGGGCAGCACCGCCGGCAGCGAGCACGCCGCCAGGUGCGAGGCGGAGGAGGAGCGCGAGCUGGCGGGGCCGGACCCGCUGCGGGAGCAGUUCGAGCGCGACAAGGACAACAACCCCCUGCUGCGGCGCCCCACGGCCAUGUCGGCGCGCAACAGCGAAAAGUCCAUGAAGUCGGCCAAGAGCAAGGGCAGCAAGCGGCCCUCGGUGGGCUUCGCCCUGGGCGAGGAGGACGACGAUGAUGACGUGGACCCCAUUGCGCAUCUGGAGGCGGAGCGCAUCGCCUCCAUCACCAUGCCCCAUGAGGAGCCGGCGCGCGCGGUGCGCAUGGCGGCGGCGGGGCUGGGCGUGGGCCCGGGGCCCGCGCAGCAGCGGAGGAGCUCGGGCGGCGGCGGCAGAGGCGGCUUGCGUCUGGGGUCGCGGUAGCUGGUAGACGGCGGCUGGAUAGUGGAGGUUUCAAGGCAGGAGUCUAUAGGCCAGAGGCUGGAGGUUGGGCGUGCACAUCUAGGCAGGGUGAGGCGACUGAGGAGGCCGAUGUAGGCAGGGCAGGGCAGAGGCCUGCUCGCAAUUGUGGCUGUCGCACUACAUGUUUGCAAGCAAUUACUAGGACUUACGUUUCUGAUUGACGCUGACCGCUAGUGCCAGACACACUUAACCUACCCCAACCAUCGCCGAAUGAGGCGUUGCGGCGGCGUGAGAUGUUACUGCCCACUACACCAUCCCGCCUGCAUCCGGCGGAAGCUGUGCUUGAGUUUGAUCGGCAAGUUUGUUCUCACUAGGCAGGUGUCAUGUCUCGCGCAGAAGCAUUCGAUCUGUGUAUGCUUUAUGUAUAUGUGCGCCGCACGUGUGCGCGAUAUGCUUGUCGUCUCAACACGGUCCAUGCAGCUGCAGGUGCGGCAACUCGUGCGCGUGUGUGCAGCCGUUGGUACAGGAACUGAAUAUAGUACUGCGAGUGGAAGCCGCUGCAGUUGACAGAGAGGCGUUGAGUCAGACAGGCGGCAGGGAGGCGAUGGGGCGGGACCCGGGUCAGGCGGCUCGGCUUGGCUUCGGAUAGGGGUUUUGCGCCAAGCCGUAUGGAAGGCGGCUGGGCGUAGUACUUGAUGCGGGUGCUCAUUUAUCCAUGUCAAACUCGAAUGCAGGUGUAUGUGAACAUGGGGGAAACGGAACGCAGGAAUACGUUUGCAAGGCAACGAGGUGGGACGGGCAUGCUGCGGCUGCCAUCGCUAGCUGUUAAUAGUUAGGUAAGCGUCAGGUGGUUUAAUCUGCAUUUCCGCGCGCUCUGACGCGGCGUCAGCACGGAUGGACUCACGGACUGCGCAUGCAUGUGGGCAGGCGCAAGAGCAGCCAAGCGAACGACACUGCCAUGCAGUGCGACGCCGGCACGCCGCCCGCCCACGAGCUCUUUGACGCAAGCCUGCCGGCUGUAACACAACAGCUUG